AUUCCUAUGAAAGUACGAAACGUCGCUGUGGAAGUCAUGGUUAACACGUAGCCGGUGUUCAACGUGUCUUAGACUCCUAGCCUAAGCAUAGUGGUUUGGAAAUUUGUUGCGGGCUGCUUGAUUUGCAACGUACUUAUUGAAUACAAAGAAAUGUUAAUUAUCAUGUCAAAUAUCAAUUAAUACGUGAGGGAAACAUUUACCAUACAUUCGUGUAAAUAUAAAAAAAAUAUGUUGCCAAAUAGAUCAUCAACGACAAAUACCAAAAAAGAUAUGUUUCCUGAUAAGAAAUCAACUUCUAAGCAAAUGAAAACUUCCACGUUAACAAAUGCCGCGGGUCUUAGUUCUCUUAUUACUUUUACUGUUUUGCUACUCGCUUGGAUCUCAGGAUUUGCAUCUCGGUUAUUUGCAGUAAUACGUUUCGAAAGUAUCAUACAUGAAUUCGAUCCUUGGUUUAACUACAGAGCAACAGCGUACAUGGUACAACAUGGAUUCUAUAAUUUUUUAAAUUGGUUCGAUGAAAGAGCAUGGUAUCCACUGGGUCGUAUCGUGGGUGGAACUGUUUAUCCAGGAUUAAUGAUCACAUCUGGAUCAAUACAUUACAUAUUACAUUCUUUAAAUAUCCCGGUACACAUAAGAGACAUUUGUGUAUUCCUAGCUCCAAUUUUUAGUGGCCUUACCGCCAUUUCUACGUACUUAUUGACAAAAGAGAUAUGGAGUGCCGGUGCUGGUUUGUUCGCAGCGUGCUUCAUCGCAAUUGUGCCUGGCUACAUUUCAAGAUCUGUAGCAGGAAGUUACGACAAUGAAGGCAUUGCUAUAUUUGCAUUACAAAUAACAUAUUAUCUUUGGGUUAAGUCAGUUAAAACUGGCUCUAUCUUCUGGGCUUCUAUGACUGCUCUCUCUUAUUUUUAUAUGGUAUCAGCAUGGGGUGGCUAUGUUUUUAUUAUUAAUCUAAUUCCAUUCCAUGUAUUUGCAUUGCUGGUUAUGAAUCGAUUUAGUAAUCGCCUUUUUACAAGUUACACUACAUUUUAUAUUUUGGGACUUCUAUUAAGUAUGCAAAUACCAUUUGUUGGUUUUCAACCGAUAAGAACAUCAGAACACAUGGCUGCAGGAGGUGUGUUCGGUCUGUUAAUUUUUGUAGCAGCCCUCAGAUAUCUGAGAACUGUCCUUACCAAAUCUGAAAUGAAAUAUUUUGGAGGAGUAGUUGCAGUUACAGCUGGUGUUCUUUUGCUUAUUUUGAUCUGUUUAACUUACGCCGGUGUCGUUGCUCCUUGGAGCGGAAGAUUUUAUUCCUUAUGGGAUACUGGCUACGCAAAAAUUCACAUUCCAAUAAUAGCAUCUGUUUCUGAACAUCAACCUACAACAUGGUUUAGCUUUUUCUUUGACUUGCACAUUCUUGUUACAACAUUUCCUGUUGGUCUCUGGUAUUGUAUUAAACACAUUAACGACGAACGUGUUUUUGUUAUAUUAUACGCUAUCAGCGCUGUUUAUUUUGCCGGAGUUAUGGUUAGGCUUAUGCUCACUUUAACCCCUGUAGUUUGUAUGCUUGCCGGAGUAGCGUUUAGCGACCUUCUGGAAUUGUUCUUUAAAGAAGAAGAUAGUGAAAGAAACGAUCGAGGUAGUAAUGGAAGUGAAGAAGAAAGCGAGGAAGAAAGAGAAAGGAGCCCCGGUAGAGCAUUAUACGAUAAAGCUGGUAAACUCCGUAGAAUGAAACAUGAAAGACCGAGGGGCAAUGGCGAUGGAUUGGGUAUUAAUCUUCGGAAUGGUGUUGUCAUUGGGGCAUUUAUGUUAAUGAUGAUGUUCACUUUACAUUGUACUUGGAUUACAAGUAAUGCAUAUUCUAGUCCCUCAAUUGUUUUGGCAUCAUAUAGUAACGAUGGUGGUAGAGCCAUACUUGAUGACUUUAGAGAAGCUUAUUAUUGGUUAGCACAAAAUACACCAAUUGAUGCUAGAAUUAUGAGUUGGUGGGAUUAUGGUUAUCAAAUUGCUGGAAUGGCUAACAGAACUACUCUUGUGGACAAUAAUACUUGGAAUAAUUCACAUAUAGCUCUGGUUGGGAAAGCAAUGAGCUCAAAUGAAAGUGCUGCUUAUGAAAUUAUGACAUCAUUAGAUGUAGACUAUGUAUUAGUUAUUUUUGGAGGAAUGAUCGGGUAUUCGGGAGAUGACGUUAACAAGUUCCUUUGGAUGGUUCGAAUUGCUGAAGGUGAACAUCCACAAGAUAUUCGUGAAAGUGAUUAUUUCACUGAGAAAGGAGAAUUUCGUGUGGAUGCAGAGGGUUCACCUACUCUUUUAAAUUCAUUGAUGUAUAAAUUAAGUUAUUAUCGAUUUGGAGAAGUAAAAAUCGAUUAUCGAUCACCUUUCGGUUAUGAUCGUACGCGUAAUGCAGAAAUAGGAAAUAAAAAUUUCCAAUUAACAUAUUUGGAAGAAGCUUAUACAACCGAACAUUGGCUUGUUCGAAUUUACAGGGUGAAAAAACCAAGUGAGUUUAAUAGACCUAGUAUUCCGAUAUCUAAACGAGUUGUGGCACGUAAUGCCAAUUCGUAUAUUAGUAAAAAGACUUCACGUCGUAAGAAAGGUUACAUAAAAAGCCGGCCAACCGUUGUUAAAGGACAGAAACCUCAACGAAGAACUACGUAACAAACAUUUAUUAUCUAAUUCAUAAUAAUUUUCAAAUACAACUUUUAUAAUAAAAAAAAAAGAAAAUUA